AGACUGUUUAUUAAUAUCUUUUUUUUUUCUGGGAGAAAAACUAUGAAUCAAGGGAAUUUCCAAGAAAUUAUAGUUAUUGGAUAUAAAAAUGAAGGGAUAUUAGAUGAUACAAAUAUAUAUGUUUAUGAUAUGUAUACGGGAAGUCAGAUAAUGAAAUUUAAACAGAAUGAUUGUUGUUUAAGAGGAGUAUUUAUUACGGAAAACUAUGUUUUUUGUAGCCAAAGAGAAAAACCAAUUCUUCAUAUAUAUUGCUGGGAAAAGGAAAGUAUAUAUCAAAAAAUGGUUAUACCAGAGAUAUUGACAGCAUUUGCUGUUUCUCAUGAUGUUUAUUGGGCGGUUGGAGGUACAAUACAAGGAAAAAUAUAUGUUUGGCAGAUAACAUCAGGAAAUUUAAUGUUUGUUCAUGAAGCACAUUAUCAAAAGAUAGCAGCGAUUACAUUUGUGAUGGAUGAUGGAUUUUUUUUAACAGGAUCUGAGGAUUGUUAUUUAUGUUUAUGGAGUUUAUCAGAUAUACUUGAUUUAUAUGGAAAAAAGGAUAGAGGACCAGUAAAAACAUGGAAUAAUCAUACAUUAGGAAUUACAGAUAUUGUUUGUGGGUAUGGUACGACUAAUUCAGCAAGAGUUUUUACAUCAUCAUUGGAUAGUACAGUAAAUGUAUGGGAUUUAAAUACUCAAAGUCUUCUUACAACGUUUGUUUUUCCUAAGCCGAUAACAUGUCUUGUGGUAGAUCCAGCAGAAAGAGCGUUUUAUGCGGGCAAUGAUCAAGGUGAUGUUUAUCUUGUUGAUUUAUAUGGAAUUGCACAAGAGAAAUCUUUAGAAUCUUUUUAUGAAGCAAUAGGAGGAUCAGGAAAAGUUAUUCAAAGUGUUAAAGAUGAAUCAACAAUAUUUAAAGGACAUAAAAGUGCAAUUUCAUGUUUAGCAUUAUCUUUUGAUGGAUCUCUUUUAAUAACAGGAUCUCAAGAUCAUGAUGUAUUUAUAUGGGACAUUGCUACUCGUCAAAUAAUUCAAACAUUUAGUAAACAAAAUGGACCAAUAACAUCAAUUUGUUGUAAGGUUAUUUAUAGAGGAUUUUUUGAAAGUAAAAAAUCUUUACAAAACAUACCUACUUUUAAAAAAGUUCAAAAUUUUCAAGAUAUGAAUGAUUAUUCUAUUUUAAAAAAGUUAAAUGUUUUCAAUGAAUUGAAAAAUAAAACGGCAUGGUAUGAAGAUGAUUCAGCAUUGAUAAAAAAAGAUUUAACUGAAUUUAUGUCUAUUACAUCUGAAUCAGCAUUGCAAUUACAUGUUAAAAACUUGCAAAAUGAGUUACAAACAUUAUACGGAUAUUAUUCUGAUUUGAGAGAAGUUCAUCAAGAAUUAUGGAAAGAGUAUAUGAAAACUCAAAUAGUGGAUCAUGAUGAAAAUUAAUAUUUUUUAUAAAAGUAAUAUACAGAUGGAAUAUUUUCGUUG